AUGGUUGGAGGUGGCGGCAGUAAUUCCGAUAUCUCCUUUGCUGGCACUUUCGCCAGUAGUGCUUUCUCUGCAUGUUUCGCUGAGAUAUGUACUAUUCCUCUGGACACUGCCAAAGUUAGGCUUCAGCUUCAAAAGCAAGCUGUAGCCGGUGACACGAUAAACUUACCUAAAUAUAAGGGUAUGCUGGGAACAGUUGGAACCAUUGCUAGGGAAGAAGGUCUUUCAGCACUCUGGAAGGGAAUUGUGCCAGGGUUACACCGUCAAUGUUUGUAUGGAGGUCUAAGAAUUGGGUUAUACGAGCCUGUUAAGAAUUUGUAUGUUGGGAAAGAUCAUGUUGGAGAUACUCCAUUGACGAAAAAAAUUCUUGCUGCAUUAACAACUGGUGCUGUAGCAAUUGCCGUGGCGAAUCCUACCGAUCUCGUGAAAGUUAGACUUCAAGCAGAAGGAAAAUUGCCUCCUGGCGUGCCAAGGCGCUACACUGGAUCAUUGAAUGCUUAUUCAACAAUUGUGAAACAGGAGGGAGUCAGAGCACUUUGGACUGGCAUUGGCCCCAAUGUCGCAAGAAAUGCUAUCAUUAAUGCUGCUGAGCUAGCCAGCUAUGAUCAAGUGAAAGAGACCAUUUUGAAAAUUCCAGGAUUCACUGAUAAUGUUGUUACGCAUCUUCUUUCUGGUCUUGGGGCGGGUUUUUUUGCAGUCUGUAUUGGCUCCCCAGUUGACGUGGUGAAGUCAAGAAUGAUGGGAGAUCCUAGUUACAAAAGCACCAUUGAUUGUUUCGUCAAAACAUUAAAAAAUGAUGGACCUUUAGCCUUUUAUAAGGGAUUCAUACCAAAUUUCGGACGGCUAGGAUCUUGGAAUGUGAUCAUGUUUUUAACUCUAGAACAGACUAAAAAGUUUGUCAAAAGUUUGGAAUCAGCCUGA